UUGUUGCACUUUACAGUCUUCAUAGGGGGGAAGCAUCAGAGACGAGCGUGGCGGUGCAUGAGGGGGAAGGAAGACGUGUGCGAGCAGAAAAAGAAGAAGCGUGUUGCUCCGGUGCCCCCUCACGUUAUGGGAUUUCUUUGCAUGUGCGCCGUGUAGUAGCUGUCAGCCGUGCGCAUGCGCAGUGGCGGCUGGUGGCAAUAAAAACAAGACGUAAGCACAACCCCCGGGCCUCCAUCCUUUAUUUUUACAUUUCCAUUAUUAAUAUUAGAGAAGCAGACAUUAAUGACGUCUAACUAUGAUGUAGCCAGUAAAUAUAAAGAUUACCUGAAGAAAUGGCUGCCCUUGCCCGUCAACGUUACUGAGCAAAUACUUUUAAUUUGGGCACACAUCUUUGGUGAUUCACGAAAACGACGUUCCACGUGACGGCUCCAUCUUUGUGCAGAAGGUGAGGUUUGAAGGCCACAUCAACGCCAAAGAUGCCUGCUAGCUACCUUCUGGCAAAGGAGGAGAAAUACAGGCUGCUAAAUGCAAAGCUGGAGGCUAAAACAGCAACUCUGGCAAUGCGAGAAGAUCAACUCAAGAAAGAACGUGAAGAAUUUUUAUCAAAAACCUCAGUCACGCCCCCACUUAAGGAUUCGGAGGAUGGACCAGCUGCAAGCAAAACCAAGGAUCGACUGACACCUGUGCAGAGGCCUCGUGAGAAGGCGGAGGCCAAAAAAGGGGUGAGGCCAGCAUCACAAGGAAGAACAGCAGUUUUUGGAGACGGUUCAGGAGCUACAGCAGAUCCUGUGGAGUCCUUCCUGGCAAAGACCAUACAAAACAUGGAAGACAAAAUGAAUCGUGACAAUGAUGUCUUCAAUGAUGGCGACAACGAAGGCAAGGGUGUUUCAUCUGCACAAAUACAUGCUCUGAUGGCCAACAUAAAAAUUAUGCAAGGGGAAAUGGAUCAGCUUAUGACUGAAAGACAAAAUAAGGAAGAUGAAAAUGUCAAGCUGAAUACAAAAGUCAGGCAGCUGGAGGAGGAUCGAGUCAAGCUGCAGAGGAGCGUCAACAUCCAGCAGACAAAGAUUGACAAGCUGAAAGCGUCAGAGAACGAGGCCGUCAUCAAAUGUGACAGCCUUCAGCUGCAAGUGUCUGCUUUGCAAAAGGAAAUUGAGAAGUUGAAUAAAUCCACCAAACAAGGUGCAACUGUCCACAACACUGUGGAGCUUCGUCUCAGCAGAGCACUGGAGGAGGUGGAGCGCUUAAAGGCAGAGCUCAACAAAACUAAACAGAUGAACAAGGACAAGACAAACGAGGAGCAUCAGAAUCGUGAAAAUUUACUAGCAGAAAACAAACUGCUAAAAAGGCAGAAAACAGAGCUCAUCAUCGGGUUGAAGAAACAAUUCAAACUGAUUGAUGUUCUCAAAAGACAAAAGAUGCAUCUGGAAGCUGCCAAGCUGCUGUCCUUCACAGAGGAGGAGUUCAUGAAAGCCUUGGAUUGGGGCAAGACCUAAAUACUUGUGGACUGUUUCCAUAUUGGUGUAAUACGCUGGCCUCAUAAUAAAGGAACGUGUGACACUGCAA